GUCUAGACCUCAAAGGGAUGAGAAGGUCCGACAUUGCCUACCGGGUCUUCCCGCCUUGCCUCGCCUCGCCCCGCACUCUUGUUUGUUUCCUCACUUGCCGCUCGCUUUGGAGCUACAUGUGGGCCAACUUGAACUACAUCAUAUUGCCAGUCGUCGGUCGCAUUGGAAAAGGGCUCAAAUCUUAUUCGCAUACGCAAGAAUGAUCCCUCACGCACGCACGCACGCAUGCAUGGCGUCACCAGCCACACACCAAGUGCCACUAUACUCUCAACAUUCAUCUUUCCGCACAUUGUCGCAUCUCUCGUGCUUUCGCGUUCCCUCCGAAACCCUCAUCAUCGCCGGCCUCUUCCUUUUGAGCGCGGCGAAUUCGCACAUACAAACAAGAUAUCGCCUUCGAUGCAUUCCAACUUUCCCACAUAUCGAGAAGGACGAAGUCGCUGUUGCGCUCGUUUCGCCCACUCGCUCGCAUUUAUAAUACAGCCAGUGGAGAAUUCAUUAGUACCCGCUUCAUACUGUAUUCAUCACCCGCUAUUCGUAUGUUUUCCUGUCGAUUUGAUGUGUUUGUUCAAUGCUGUGGUGACCCACAGCCACGUUCUGGAAAACGUAUGUUAUCGGCAUUGUAUGCGGCUGGGCCACAGCGAAUUUAAAAAGGACACCCCGUCUCGAAACGGUGCACAAAAAUUCAAGCAAGUCGCCAAGUACCUUGUUGCGACCGUACAGCUGACUGCAUUUGCGAAUACACGGCUAGGCACCAUCUCGGCCAUAGUCUCUCUGUCUCCCUUUUUAGUAUUUGCACCGGGACAAGAUUCGUUAUUCGCUCUGUAUGCAAUCAGUUCAUGAAUAAACGAGAAAAUUCUCCGGGUAGAGCGUGAAUAUUGGUUC